GAGGCGGCGCCUGUGUCGGCGCUGGAGGUUGUGUCCUUCCUGGGGAAACUCCUGUGCGCAGUCGCGGCGCUGAAGGCGGCUCUCUACCUGCUCCGCAGAGUCUGUCUAGCCAUGGCCUGGAAGUCGGGAGGCGCCAGUCACUCCGAGCUCAUCCACAACCUCCGCAAAAAUGGAAUAAUAAAAUCAGAUAGAGUAUUCGAAGUAAUGCUUGCAACAGACCGCUGCCAUUACGCAAAAUGCAACCCAUAUAUGGAUUCUCCUCAGUCAAUAGGAUUUCAAGCAACCAUCAGCGCUCCACACAUGCAUGCAUAUGCUUUAGAACUCUUAUAUGAACAGUUACAUGAAGGAGCCAAAGCCCUUGAUGUAGGAUCUGGAAGUGGUAUUCUUACUGCCUGCUUUGCACGGAUGGUGAGUGAACAGAAUUUUAAAAUCUAUGUUAACUACAAAAUGGCCUGGGAGUACAAAACAAUCUGGAGCACACUUCAUGAUACUUUUAACAUGAGCUGUACCCUGGGCGUUUUUCUUGCAGUAGGAGAUGGAAGGAUGGGCUAUACAGAUGAAGCACCAUAUGAUGCUAUCCAUGUAGGAGCUGCUGCACCAGUUGUGCCACAAGCACUUAUAGAUCAAUUAAAGCCUGGUGGAAGAUUAAUAUUACCCGUUGGCCCUGCUGGAGGAAACCAGAUGCUGGAACAGUAUGAUAAGCUAGAAGAUGGCAGUGUCAAAAUGAAGCCUCUGAUGGGAGUGAUAUAUGUGCCUUUAACAGAUAAGGAGAAGCAGUGGUCCAGGUGGAAGUGAUUUUCUGUUCGACUUUCUUCUUCCACACACUUAAAUUUACAAGGGAUGAAAUGUAAAAGCUACAUCAUCUGACCCAAACAUAGUGUUAACAGUGGACUGCUCAUCUCCAAAUCUUAAAAGCUUUUUCAACACCAACAGCAUUGCAGCUUGUUUUGGACUCUGUUACACUGUUAUGAGCAUGGAAAAGUGUGAUGUUUUUAUUUUGUAGAGAUUUAAUGCAAGUUAAUGAACUGAUGGAAAUUUAAAUUUGGGCAUGUGUUUCUUUUCAACAUGCCCUUAUUUUCACCUGUUUAAGAAGUGAAGUAUGUCUGGAGAAAUUCAGAUAAACCUGCAAUUUCUUUUAUUUUGGACUUGGAAACUUUUAUGAACACUUAUUUCUGUUCAUCCAUCAAACUGCUUAUCUGCACUUUCUGACACUACAUGCACACUAUAAGAUUCUUUGUGUUCAGCUGUCUUCUAGAUGCUACUAAAGGAGAUGAAGUUCUCCAAAGCUGUCAGCGUGGCGUCAUAGAUUAGCAUGUAGUUUAUACAAUCAGCUGCUUUCCUCUCUUUACAAAUCAAAAAUCAUGUAUAUAAACUUCAAGACAUCAGAAGUGACAGCUCUUGUUGUAGACACUGCUGUUCAGGAUGGACAUAACUGACAUAGUUUUCUCCCCUUCCCUUGUACAGUAACUUGGAGAUUCUUAGUUAUGUAUUGUUUCUAGCUGACUUGCAGACUUGAUGUACCUGGGUUUAAAAUAACAAAUACUGUGUAAGCUAUGUCCUAAUCGUUGAACGGUUUAUGCAGUGCUGCUUUGCCAAAUAAAAUUGAAAACAAAAAAGUGUUGCAAAUAA